CUUGAGUGUUAAGUGAUUGUUUGUAAAAGAAAAACAUGUUUUCUUUUACAUAGGAAGACAACACACACAAUUGUCACCUUUAUUUUGGGCUAAGUCUCCCUCAUGCAAGCGUCCAACGGCGAGUGUCAAUCCUAUAAAAUGACAAGGUGGUGUUAGUGAACCCCUAUGGAGAGAAGACAGCGAGUACUACCUUCUAUUCCCAUCGCAUAAGGACACUGCAGUCUGCAGAAGAGAUCUUUUAAGAUCUGUUCGCUAUAUUGAAAACUCUGGGUCCCAAUGGCAUCACCAAGCCUACCCUGCGACGUUCGGGAUGGCAUUCGUAACCACUGGGAUAACAUUAAUUCGCCUCUCCAAGUGAUGCGGUCUGCCUUGAAGGAAAAUUCCGGCAUCAACGUAAUAUUCGAGAUUGACUGGGGUGAUCUCCUAUCGCAUUUAGGUAGCGACUGUCCGGAUAAGUCAGAAUUUGUUCCAUUCGUUGCAAAUGUUGUUCGGGUGUUUGUCGAUGGGCUGCAGGACACAAUAGACCUCAGCUGGAACCCAGAUUUGCCUGAUGCCCUUUGUGAGAAUGUGGAGGGUGAUUUGAGAGUUUUCAUCGGCGUUACCGAUAAAGAGGGCCCAACAGUUUCUUGGGCCGCAACGAACCAAAAAAUCUGUAUUUCGCCAUCAAGAAGUCGAGGGUUCCAAGUCAACCUCCCUAGAGGCCCAAUGGUGUCUUCUGUUAAGAUGCAGUCUUCAUUCAUAACUCAAUUGAAUAAUUGCAUCGAUGACCCGCAGUUUUCCUUAGAUGACCGGGCAGACGUCUCCAUAGAAGCCACAAAUAAACGCUCGGCGACGAUAGAGGAGCCUCGGCCCUUAGACAUAGUACCACAUAUCAGCACCCUACCGCGUCCGGGCCAUCUACUUCUCAAGCCGCCGUAUCACCUCACAGUAUACGGUGGAAGUAAGACCACUGUCGAGGUUCACUGUAGCCAUAGCCCAACGCUUGAGCUCCUCGAAGAGUAUCUAAGGAAAUGGCGCAAGCUCAACUAUCAGGAUAUAGGGCAUCCACACGCGAUCAAGGUCAAGUUGCACCAGUCUUCAUUUGGACUUGGUGUUAUGUAUGACCGUUUAAUAAUGACCGCCAGGGACCGCACCCCCGAAAUCCUUGUGACGCCUAUGAUAGUAUUACCGUUUGUUGAAGGUGUGCUAGGUUACAAGAGUGUCUCAGUCGACGGAUCUUCUUGGGUAUUCCGAAGGGAUACCGAGUUAAUCAGACAUUCACAAUAAUUGAAUAUCGCCUAUGAUAGCACCAUAGCAUUCGAGAAGUUAAUCGAGGAAUCUGAGCAGGAGUAAUUGCAAGUAGAUGUAGCCUUGUUCAUAUUAAUGAGUACUCGGAUUAGAUACGUCAGGUGUUUAAACUUGACAUUUGACGGCUUUUUUAAAAGGAAAAAAAAGAAAAAAAGGCUUUACAACUAUUAGACAAUAGUUUGAGAAGGGAAUUGAGCCUGUAUUUGAACACGCUACAUGUACAGUAGUGGUCCAAAACUGUCCGGCCUACGCCCCGUUUUACGCCGAAACUCAGCCUUGUCACUCUACGAUAACUCUACCAAUAGAAAUG